ACAUUUUAGGACAAAACAGCUUAGUCAUCGGUUGUCACUUGUCAAUUCUCUUUCUUUCUAAUUUCUUGUUUCUUUGUUCUCUUAAACUUUCUGCAUGCUCUUUUAAACAUAAUUAAAAUAUUAUAGCUUUAAGAAAGAGAGAACAGAGGCAAAGGGAGGUUUUUUGGUGUAUAUAAAAAGUUAUAAUUCCUAAAGGAAUUUUGAAGAAAUGGCCAAGUUUACUAAUUUGAUUGGAUCUGGGAUUAUAGCAGCCACCAACCAGGUCUGUUCCCAUGUCAAGCAUAUCCCUGCUGUUAGCAAUUUGCAGAAACAAAUCUCUUGUGACCCAACACAGGUCAGAUGGAAUAGCACCGAGCCAUCUUUGAAGAAUGAUCUUUCAGCAACUGACUAUAGAGGAUAUAAGGGGCAUGAUAUGUUGGCACCUUUUACAGCCGGGUGGCAUACUACUGAUUUGGAACCUUUAGUUAUACAAAAGUCUGAGGGUUCUUAUGUCUAUGACAUUAAUGGGAAGAAGUACCUCGAUGCUCUAGCUGGCUUGUGGUGCACAACCUUAGGUACUUACAAUCUAUGUUGCUCGGACUCUUCAAAAAUGCAGAAAGGGGGAAAUGAGCCUCGUCUUGUUGCUGCUGCAACUAAACAACUCAACGAGUUGCCCUUUUACCAUUCAUUUUGGAAUCGUACUACAAAACCUUCUUUGGAUCUUGCAAAGCAACUCCUAGAUCUGUUUACUGCAAAUAAAAUGGCGAAAGCUUUUUUCACAAACAGCGGUUCAGAAGCCAAUGAUACACAGGUGAAACUGGUGUGGUAUUACAACAAUGCACUCGGGAGGCCAGAAAAAAAGAAAUUCAUUGCUCGAACAAAAGCAUACCACGGUUCAACUCUGAUUUCCGCAAGUCUCUCUGGUCUUCCUGCACUUCAUCAGAAAUUUGAUCUGCCAGCUCCGUUUGUUCUGCACACUGACUGCCCUCAUUAUUGGCGCUUUCACCUGCCAGGUGAGACGGAAGAGGAGUUCUCAACAAGGUUGGCAAAUAAUUUGGAAAAUCUCAUACUCAAAGAGGGACCUGAAACAAUAGCUGCUUUCAUUGCUGAACCAGUGAUGGGAGCGGGAGGUGUCAUACCUCCUCCGGUGAACUAUUUCGAUAAGAUCCAAGCUAUACUCAAGAAGUACGACAUUCUUGUCAUUGCGGAUGAGGUCAUAUGUGGAUUUGGAAGGCUCGGGACAAUGUUCGGAUGUGAAAAAUACAACAUUAAACCUGAUCUUGUCUCUUUAGCAAAGGCUCUUUCUUCUGGAUAUAUGCCAAUUGGUGCUGUCCUUGUAAGCCCUGAAGUUAAUGAUGUCAUAUAUUCUCAAAGCAACAAACUUGGUAUAUUUUCCCAUGGAUUUACUUAUUCGGGGCACCCUGUCUCGUGUGCUGUUGCCUUGGAAACACUGAAGAUCUACAAGGAAAGGAAUAUUAUUGAGCAAGUAAACAGAAUAUCGCCAAAGUUCCAAGAAGGUCUGAAAGCAUUUUCCAACAGUCCCAUAAUCGGGGAGAUAAGGGGAACUGGUUUGCUACACGGUACAGAGUUUACUGAUAACAAGUCUCCUAAUGAUCCUUUCCCUCCUGAAUGGGGUAUAGGUGCAUAUUUUGGAGCACAGUGUGAGAAGCACGGGAUGUUGGUACGUGUUGCUGGUGAUAGCAUAAUGAUGUCUCCUCCCUACAUUCUUAGUCUGGAAGAAAUUGACGAGUUGAUAAGCAAAUAUGGGAAAGCACUGAAGGAUACUGAAAAGAGAGUGGAAGAACUCAAGUCCCAGAAGAAGUAAAAGCUCAUGGCAAAAAGCUUGAAAAAAAGAGAGAAAAAAUGGAAGUCCAAAUGAAAUAAAAAGUUAGCCACUCUUAGAUGAAGUAUAUGUAAAUCAAUCAGUUAACUAGGCUUAUAUAUGAGAUUAGUUGGGAUUAGUUAGAGUAUUUUUGUUGUUGUAGAUUAGUUUUACGCUGGCUGUCAAUCUACAUCAAUUGUUUUUACCUUAUGAUACCGUCUAAUCUUUGUGAAAUCAAGUAAUGGAAAAAGGCGUUUGGACAUUC